AGCGAAACUUAACGUGACAAGUGCCUAGUUAGCAACACUCCGCCUUUACGCGUUUUCUUUUUUUUUCAUUGCUGAUAUCACUUUUGCAACAAGCUUUUCAAAAGCAAUAAGACAAGUCUCGGGAGCAUCUCGUAUAGUGGAGUUUGUGGACCCAAAACGUUUGCAAAAGGCAAACGGGGACAACGAGUUGCUGGAGUUCAGUUUUCAUGCGGAACAGCGUUUAGUCAGUGCACGAGUCUGGGCCUCAUCUGGGUGAUCUGUGCCAGGUUUAUCUAUCUUUUACCUUAAGUUGUUUUUGAGAAGAAGCGGUGCACAGACUAAGCCUUUGGUAUCGUUGUGACGUUACAUCUAGAUACCUGAGAGUCAUCCUAACACGUGCACACAUCCCAUCCACCAAGCCCGACGCUACGCCCUUCUCGCCCCCACCCCUGCGCUAUGAGCAGAGGUAGAGGAGGGUUUCACAAAGAUUGCCAGCGAUUCUCCCUCCCUCCCCAACAGGGAAAACCUCAGUUUCGUUCCCACACAACCACUGGUCACCCACGGGGCCCUCGUGUCCCAAGCCCCGUAUCUGGAAGCUAUCCACACCCUUCCCUUUACUCCACUUGCCCGGGUGCUCCUGACGUGCCUCCACGUGGUCGUCCUUUUCACCCUAGCCCCUCUGAUCCACCCCUGUGGGCAUCCCCCCAGCACGGCAGUGAUCAGAUCUCAGACUCAAAUGGUGUAAGCUUCCGACAACAGCAGGUGCAGUUCCUCAGGGGGCAGAGUGCACAGGCUCCACAGUUCAAAGCACCCCAGCAGCGAGGGUCCCAAACCUCUGGCCGAGGGGAAGAGGACUUUACUGGGCCUAUCCAGUACCAGGCAGGUUAUCGUGACUUUAAAACAAGUGGUAGCAGUUUUGAAAGAAGAGACGGCUACGGCAGAGGCCGAGGAAACUGGCAAAGGGAGCAGAACUUCGGAAAUACACUUGGACCUAAGAGAAAGCCACACUGGAAUCAUCAUUUCCAGAAGGGACAGUGUUAUCCCAGUCAAUACACUAAGCACUACUGGAAUGCACAGGCAGAUGAUUUGUCCUCGGGCCUUCAUAGUCUGAGUUUGGGUGACCGGAUAACAAGGGUGGGCACCUCUGACACCUCGUCCUGCAGUAGCCUUGCCAACGAGGUUUCCAUUUCUCCUGGCUCGGUCAGAGAGUCUCUGUAUUUGACCCCUGAGAUCCAGCAACAGGUCCUCGCUUUUUUGACAUCACUCGGGCCAGACGAGACCCUUCAGGCCAGGGCCUUGGGUAAAAAGCUCGGCCUUCCCAAGGCAAUUGUUAAUAAGGCUUUAUAUGCCCUCUUACGGACAAACCAAGCAGUGAAACAAGGUGAGAUUCCUCCACUGUGGAGACUUCGCAAGGAAGAGGACGGUGAGCCCAUCAAAGAGAGAGACCAAACGCAGUCUUCAAAGGAUACUGAGAAAAGGCCAGGUCAGAAGUCAUCCAUAAACCAAGAGGUUAGAGGGGAUCUCACCAGCACCAGUGCUCCCUCUGCAUCACAGACCCUCGUUGAGGCUGACAGUGAUUCCACUGACCAGUCGGAGGACUCCGAAGUUGAAGAUACCUGUGAAACAUUGCUUCCUGACCAGAAUCAAAAGACUCUUUUACCUGCUGUGCAAUCAGUAACCUUGUCAACAAUGGCCGAUUCUAAAGAUUGCAAAGAGAAGAUCCUACAGUACCUCUAUGAAGCAGGUACAGGCAGUGCGCUUGUGAUUGCCAAGAACCUUGGCCUGCGAAGUGCCAAGCAGGUUAAUCCCACACUCUAUGCCAUGGAGAAACAAGGUGACGUAAGUCGUGACACCGAAGUUACACCACAUACCUGGUCACUUAGUGCACACCGGCAGGAAAAGAUGGACCGCCAAAGAAAAGUCGCUGCGACUGCAAUGCAGGAUGUAAACAGUGCAGAGAUGUUGAACUUUGCAGCUGAAGGGAUUACAAAUGUAAAUUAUGGAUUUGAGUUUUCAGGUGGUACCGCAGCAGAGCCAAUGGAUGGGGGUGAAAAUCUAUUGGAUAAUAUUUUAGACAACACAUUUGAUAACACGAAGCUUGACAUGCCUGGCCUUGAGCCGAUACCUCCCAAACCCAGUGAACUUUCCUCUUCCACCUUCCGCUUCUUCCAACCUCCUCCCGAUCAGUUGUCCUACUAUCAGGAUAUGGCCAGUAAUGGAGGAGAACGUUCACAGUGGGCAUCUGACGAUAUUCCAGAAUUCCUGAACACGAUUCGCUCCGAGGUUGCCGUUUCAUUGGCUGCUCCCCCUCCCCCGGCCCAAAGCCUGGAGUCAAGCAGAUUGCAGAAACUGAAAGAGGCCCUCAGUAAGAACCCAGUUAGCGGACUGAUGGAGUUUGCUCAGCAUCUUGGACACACUUGUGAAUUCCUGCUUCUGGACCAGUCUGGACCCUCACAUGAUCCCAGGUUUCGGAUGCAGGUCAUGUUAGAUGGCCGUAGGUUUCCACCGGCUGAGGGUCUAAACAAAAAAGUGGCCAAAAAAGAUGCUGCAGCCACAACCCUGAAGAUUCUUUGGAGGGAGUUGGAAGGAGCAGGUGGUGACGAAGAGGAAGAACCAAGCACCGAGGGAGCUGAGUCAACCACUGACCUGGCAGAUGAUAUGAUAGGUGGUUCGGAUACUCCGCCCCAGGCUCUGUCUCGCUCUCUACCUGGAGGAAAGAACCCCGUAUCUGUCCUGAUGGAGCACAGUCAGCGCAGUGGGCAUGCCAUCCAGUUUAUCAAGACAGGACAGGAAGGGCCACCCCAUGAUCCACGGUUUAUGUUCCGUGUAAAGGUUGGGGAGCGUCUCUUCCAAGAAGCUUCAGCACCCAGUAAGAAAGCAGCGAGGCAGCUGGCAGCGGAGGAGGCCGUGAAAGAACUAAUGGGAGAUGGACUACUACAUCUUAACAAGCCUCCAGGUACUUUCUGCCCUCUGGGAGACAAUGAGUCUCGGCCAGCGAUUCCCACAUGCCCCUCACUACCCCCUCUGACGGCAGCUGAGCUCCAGGCGGCCCAUGAAGCAGGUGUGGGUGACCUUAUCAACCACCUGAACAACAAUGCUGUGUCCGGCCUGCUCGAGUACGCCCGUGCUCGAGGCUUCGCUGCUGAGAUCCGCCUGGUGGGCCAGUCCGGACCCUCGCACGAGCCCAAGUUUACAUACCAGGCUAAAUUGGGAGGGCGGUGGUUUCCUGCAGUGUGUGCUAGUAAUAAAAAGCAGGGGAAGCAGGAGGCAGCGGACGCUGCUCUUCGCGUGCUUAUUGGAGAAGCAGAGAAAGCAGCGCGUACUGGAGAGCUCACGCCAGAGCUGCCGGUAUCGGGCAGUACGAUGCAUGAUCAGAUCGCCAUGCUAAGCCAUCAGCGCUUUAAUGCACUCACAGCACGCAUCCAGCACAGCCUUCUGGGUAGGAAGAUUCUUGCUACCAUCGUGGUGCGGAAAGGAUCAGAUACUCUUGGAACAGUUGUCAGCCUUGGGACCGGAAACCGCUGUGUGAAGGGAGAGGAGCUUAGCCUUCGAGGGGACACCAUUAAUGACUGCCACGCAGAAAUCAUCUCCAGGAGAGGCUUUAUCCGGUAUCAGCUUGCAGCAGAACUUUCUCUCUCCCUCAUUGGCAAUUGCAUAAUUCAUUUUUCCUCUCAUUCUACAGCUUUUUCCGUCUCAUUCUUCAAGAUGAAGGAGUCUUAUUUCACAGUAGCUCAUAAAUAUAUUGACUUUAUAUUUAGUGUUCUGCAGAUGUUACUGUGAGACAGUCAGAAUG